UCUUUAAGGGACAUUUUUGUGCGGGAAAGGUGACAAAUCAUAGAUUUGUUGCGCCCUAAAUAAAUUUGAAUGAAUUAAAGUAACAAUUUAAGACAAAUGUCUGUGGUUGGUCCGCCCGCAUGUAACAGACAGCCGGAGGAGGAGCCUCGUGUCCCGUGUACAGUACCGUGGAAAGCCGUGUGUUGGCAAGCACAGACGGGAAGGUAUCCGCCCCACAAUCGAGCUGCCUCGCCGGGGAAGCAACGACAUGUUUUGACGCCUAUUGUUCUUUGAACGUAACCGAGUGGAAAAAUGUACCAUCUCUGAUUAUGCUGAUGUUGCGAGAGCGCCAAGCGUCGCGUCCACACCCGCAGCAACGGGAGGAGACAAUGAGCGCCAAGAGGAAGGCUGAUAGUGACUCCAAGGCCGCUAGCAGGCCACGCAUCAUGAAAUCUCAAGGGAACUCGCGAGCUGACUCGGAGAGGGACUCGGGAUUCUCAGAUGCAAGCUCAGAGCACAUGAGCUUGAUAGACACCGCCGAUUCCGAGGACUCGCCACGCCCUUUCAUGCAGUCGCGCUCACAGAAGUCUGUGGUGAGAGGGUCCUACUCUCACAUCUCCCCUAUGAUCAUCAUGAACAACGUCCUCCUCAAACAGCCCGAAAACAACCCUGCAGCCAUGAAGAGCUGGGGCUUCAGACCUGCUGUGGAGGUGGUUCAGCCGGUGGUCCAGCAGCCUCAAGUGGUUUUCCUCCAGCCAGUCGUCUCCCGUCGAGCUUCCUCGGCCACCAAGGAGGCCUCCCGACACAGACGGCCCAAGAAGUAUCUUCCCAUCCUCAAGUCUUACCCCAAGAUUGCGCCACAUCCUGGAGACAGCUCCAGCUCGUCGGGUAGGAGCACAGCCUCCUCCUCCUUCUCGUCUUCUUCCUCGUCUUCUUCGGGAUCGGAAAAAGGGGGCACUUUAGCUUCCAGUCACCGUGACAACAGUCAGAAAGAGAAGCAUCAGAAAAGCGAAAGUGGUCGCUUGGGUCCUCUUUCCGGGACCCCGAACUCAAGUCUGCCGCAGAGUCGACUACCUCAAACGUCAAACCACAGCGAACCGCCUGCGCCAGCUGUCAGCGGGCCAGAACUCACGCCCUCGCCAGCUCUCUUCAGUAGCCUGGCGCCCCUCGACCACAGAGAGGACACCUCCCCGGUUGAGCAGAAGUGCGACGACGACGACGACGACACCAGGAGGAAACGCUUUUGCAACACGUACAACAUCCUCUGCAGGUCGGGCCUCCUGGACAUCACGCUGCGCACCAAGGAGCUGCUCCGGCAGAACCGCCGCACCCAAACGGACUUGGACCGCCUUCGACAGCACACGGACCUCUUUCUGCAGGCCGUGGGCAGCGGCGAUGCAGACAUUUACGUCAAGCUGCACGCCAGCCUCCAGGAGGAUGAGGACAAAGAGAGGGAGCGGCUUAAAGACUGAUUAGACUUGGACAGAGCGGUAAAUCCUCCAACCUGAGAUGGCAAGAAGGUGGCCAGUUUAGGAGGAGGACAAGUGUAGGGGGUUGUGAGCGCAGACUGAUGGACCGAGAGUAAUGUGACCCACAUUUGACACCCCUUCCUUCACACAGUUGGCACUGGCCUACAUUUUGUCUGCCACUUUCCCUCAGGAUCGCCUACAUUUUUAUUACUGCAUUAUUAUCCACGAUACUUUUAUGUACUCCGGCGACACAACAGACACUUUUUAACACCACAAUGAAACCAUAUUCAUUUUCCUGUACCUUAUAUCUGCUUAGAUGAAAGGUGGGGCUUAUUGUGGACUGAGACCUGUCAACCACCUUCGCAUACAACUUCAUGAACAUAGCUGUACUUCCUCAUGUAGUGGCCUCUGGGGUUUAUUUACUCAACUGCAGAGAUUACCAGGCUGGCAUUAAACUGAACAGCCCUUUUAUAUUUGCAAAAAUAAUAUUUUGUCAUUGGCAUCAACUAUGCUUCCAUUUGAAAAUAUUUUCUACAAUAUGCAAUAUAACAGGUAUGACAAUACUUUUAAAAAGUCAUGCACCUGGGAAUAGAUUGAUUGCCAACACUAAAUUGGCCCUAGUGAGUGUGAAUGUUGUCUAUCUGUGUUGGCCCUGCGAUGAGGUGGCCUGAGGUAUGUUAAGUGUCCAAGUAUCUUGAAAGGAGCUAUACAAAAGUCCAAAACAUGAAUACCGGUACUGAUAUGCUAAUAAGCAGUUUAGUCGUAGUAAUAUUACUACAUAGCGUCAGUGAAGUGCUCUGACAGAUUUUUUUCCCAGGCAUGCUUGUUGAAAUUUUCCACAGCACUUGCUCCACUAUUUUGCAGCGGUUUCUCGUUAAGCUCCCUUCGUUAAAAAUGUCCACCAUGCCUAGUGUGUCACAGAGCGCUAUAAAAUGCCGCAGUAACGUUAAUAUGACAAAGUGUAAAAAUAGACAUUUAUUUGCUCAUUUAAACCCUGCAGUUAAUUGGGAUGAGAUAAGAGACAAUGAGCGCAGAGGCCACUGUUUGAUGAAAUGCAAUUCUUGUGUUUGGUCUCUGGAACGCCAUUCGAACCUGGACCUUUCUUGCUGUGAGGCAACCCUGCAGACCACUUAUCCAGCGUGCUGCCCUAACUGCACAGUGAAGCUUCAGUUUCACUUCAAAAGGUCGGGUCAUGGCCGGGCGUCCUUGGUAUGUGCGCGUCAUGGCCACGCAGAGUUCAAAUGAGGUCUUUGCAGUGCACAGAAAAUUCCAGAGGCGUUAAUGCAACUCCAAGGAGAGCUUUGAUGGUGACUUUUUUUCAAACAGUUUGGCUGAGAUGUCCGCUUCACUUUGACCAUGUGAUAUCACCACGUCCCGAACCUUUCUCAGUGAAUGCGCAGCUAUUUUUAAUUUUUUUUUCGUUUUUUAACGCACCUCAAGUUACUUUUUUCAUAGUUCGUGAUAGGCAAGCUAUCGACUUAUUAAGCCGCCCGGCCCUUCUGCGCAUGCUCUGCAUUUGCGCCAUGCCACAAAACCCACUUCCUGUUAGUAAAGCAGCAGCUUCCUGUUAGCUUGACCGCAACUCUUCUUUGUCGUGUCGUCGCCUUUUGUGUGAGUUGUUGCUGUUUGAAAACUGUAAAGAAAGAAAAAGACCAGUUAGUUGCACGUCGACUGAAUUUUAAAUAAGCUUGUUUUCACUAACUGGCCUUAACAUUUUGUGGUGCGUUCAAGCACCCCCGAAAGGCAGCUAGUGUGUUGACGUCAUUCUAACAGUGAACCACUCACAUUACUUUUGAAAUAUAUUGUGGUAAAAACAACUACUUGGACAUGAUAAAUGUGAGACAGAAAGUGAUUCUGUAAAUACAAAAUGCUCGUCUUUGAACUCACUAAUAUAAUUGCAAUAUUUCUGGGCCCUCAAAAAUGUCCCAACAUAUUCAUCUUACAACUCAAAGACUUGAAAAUGGUUCUAGAGUUUAAACUGUGCUAAACUGGUUGUCAAUGUGCUUUUAGUCUUGUUAGACACUCUUGUCUGUCUGCAUCUUUUACUUACAUCCCCUUUUUUUUCGACCACGUGACAUUCAGUCUGAAUUAAGCCCUUGGGAAAAACGAGUCCGUCCGUUUAUAGCUAUGAUCAUCUAUGUUUGAAACUUGUUUUUUUAUGUUACCGUUUAAACUUUUGUCUGAAUAAGAACGCCACUAGCGGGUUUUCAAGCCCUGAUCGGCCGAGCCGGUAGCGGGUUGAAUAGUACACCCUUAGACAAUCAGCGGCUUUCCAGCUGAUGCAAGGGCCGUUUCGCUUAUAAUCAACUUUGUUUGGCUGAUUGUGUCGUUCUUUAUUUUACUGUUACCGCAUAUUGGUUGCCGAUCAGCCUUUGUGCAAUCUUUUUGGAGGACAUUGCUAUUCAGCUUUACACCCUGUCUUUUGUGACCCAAGACGCGUUCAAGUACAGCUGGUCAUUGUGCAUUUCUUGCUUGCUUCCUCAGGAUGAUGGGUGGGCCAUGUUGAAUUAUUGAAACAAACGAGACCAACACGUAAUUGGAACAUAUUUAAUUCGGACAAAACAGCCAGUAACUGGCUUAAAGUCCCUGACAUGUAUUACAAAUAAACGCUUUACUGUCAUUUGCAUUCAGGCGUAAUGAAAGGACGCACAAAAUGAUGGCGAAGUGUAACUUGCCGCAGCCUUAAAUUCAAACGUUGAUGUGUAUAUUUGUCUGUGUUUACUGUUUCAAUCUGACAUAAACAACUAUGAACUCAUGUUUCCGACUGAAAGUACAGUACAGUAGCCUAGCGUUCUUUGUUAUUUCUAUUCCAAGGCAGACAGUGCAUUUCUUCUGGGAUCAACACAAAUAAUAAUUUGAUUUAUUUUGUGUUCGUGGGGGGAUUUUGGACUAUUUUGUAUAUUUCAUGUCAUUGUAAUAAAUGUUACAUUUAAAUUAA